AUGGCGCUGGAUAAACUCCUCUCGUCUCCAGAUCUCCCCAGCAACGAGCCCGGCACCGUCCUCGUCGAGACGCCCAACCUCAUCAUCCGCCGCUGGAGCACCUCAGAUGCGCCGGCGCUUGCCAAGGCGGCCAACUAUCCCUCCAUCGUGGAGAAUCUACGAGACCGGUUUCCCAUGCCCUACAGCUACGCCGAUGCCGAGGACUAUCUCGCCAAUUACACCGUCUCCCCAGAGGGAUACCCCAUGGCUAUAGCGAUACUCGUCAAGCCCAACGCCGGCCACAACACGUCUGAUGAGCCGCUGCUCGUCGGCGGUUCGGGCUUGGAGUCCAAAGGCGACGUCUACUACCGCACCUGGGAGCUGGGCUACUGGUUCACGCCAUCCGCCUGGGGCAACGGCUAUGCAACCGAGUUUGUCAAGGCAUUUGUGCCGUGGGCCUUUGCGACGUGGCCCCGGCUCAAUAGAAUCGAGGCGAUGGCCUAUGCGAGGAAUGAGGCGAGCAAGAAUGUUCUGCGGAAGUGCGGAUUUACGCUGGAGGGCGUGAGGAGAGGGGUGUUGGAGAAGCACGGCGAGAUUCUGGAUGAGUCCAUCUGGGGGAUUCUGCGAAGCGACAUUAAGCAAUGA